AAGACCCCGGUUCGGUUCCCCUCUUAAUUUGCCCAGAUAUCGUAUCGUACUCGUCUUUCGCUAAAUUAGGGUUUUCAGGUUCUCAUCCCUUUUGAUUGCAGACAUGGGAGGAGGAAACGGGCAGAAGGCGAAGAUGGCACGUGAGAAGAACUUGGAAAAGCAAAAAGCUGCCAAGGGUAGCCAGCUAGAAACAAACAAGAAGGCGAUGUCAAUCCAGUGCAAGGUGUGCAUGCAGACAUUUAUAUGCACCACUACGGAGGUGAAGUGCAGGGAGCAUGCGGAAGCAAAGCACCCCAAAUCUGAUGUUUAUACUUGCUUCCCCCAUCUCAAAAAAUGAAUGAAUGUAGAGAUGGAUUGAGAAUAUCAUCAGCAUAUAUGUAAAUCUUUUUAAUUGAGAUGUGCUUAAGUCCGACAUCGUGGUUGCUUUAUGCAUGUUGUGGUACUGUCUGUUUGAGAGAGGGAGAGGGAGAGUCAUGUAUACAUGUUCUUUGUUCAAGUGGAACUCAGUGUUCAAUUAUAAUGAAUAUUGAUGCCAUUGGUGA